UCAAAGUUCAGGGAUGGUUUCGUCACAUGAUGUUUUUGCACCAGGUGUUCACAGGUACAGCAGAACCUGUUACUGUCCUAUUGGUGAUGAGCGGAGGUGUGAUCGCCAUGAAUCCUGUCACCUACGGAACGUAUCAAAGUCUUGAAGACACGGCCGGGGACAGGAGAAGACGUGCACAUUUUGUACCGAACCGAUCGCAGACGCCGUCGAUUCCCGAGGAGAAUACUGCGGACAAAGAGGACAGAGAGGUUGAAUCUGCUUUUGAUAACAAUACUGACAAUAUGGAGAGAAGUCCACUGCUGACGAGAGAGCCUUGCCCAAGUGAUCAAAAUGCGAACAAAAGAACCCAAAGAGAUGAACAAGUGGCAGUUAGGCCGAGGCUUACCAGACCACAAUCUGCACCAAAUGGUGUACUAUCAGGAGCCCUGUACAGCUACAGCAAUAUGCAAGCUCUGGACGCAGACUUGGAGGCACGGCUGGACGGGCGGGGGCGCAGUGCUAGUGCCUUGUCUUUAACAUCCCAGAUGGAACUUCACACCAGUGAUGACCAUUGGUUCACAGUAUCCAAGGGUACAAGGAAGUUAUUCAGACAGAUGAAGAUAGGAGUCCUGUUCCUUAUGGUCAUAGCCUUCUCAAUAAUGUUUGGCAGUAUCCCAGAAGGCAAUCAGCAUCCCGAGACCAUUGCUGUUUCUAGGUCACAACCAUUCCAUGAAAAUAUAGAUGUUGACAUGUUGUCCGGUGUGGUAAAACUAGGUGUGGACGGACCGUUCGACCUGCUGACCAGUAUGGAUGCCACUUCCACCAACUCCAUCAACGUGACCUUACGAUGCAACGUGACAGGAAAUGCGACAUUAAAAGUCCUGGAGACAGCUUUGUUACACACUUCCUGA